AUGAUUAUCGGCAUCUUAAUAUGGGCAAUUCAAAGAAUUCUUGACAAACGCCAAAAGAUGGCAUUGACAGAAAAAGAACACCACAAAUUCAGUGAUAAAGAGCGUGCGGCAAUGACUUUGGAAGGUUCCAACAGUUUCCUCGUGUCAAGCGACAAGUCCAUAUUCGCACCUGAGCAUAGUGAAAUUUUCCAGGACAUGAAUCAGCCACUAUCUCAUUAUUAUAUUAACUCGUCACAUAACACAUACCUAGUUGGUCAUCAAUUUAAGGGAAUAUCAUCGGUUGAAGGCUAUGUACGGGCAUUGCAACAAGGUUGUCGAUGUGUCGAACUCGACUGCUGGGAUGGCACCGAAGGCCCAAUAAUAACGCACGGACGUUCUUUCACAUCGAAAAUCCUAUUUGCCAAUGUUAUAAAUGCCAUUCGUACAUAUGCAUUCAAGGCGUCAAGUUAUCCGUUAAUACUCUCUCUCGAAGUGCAUUGUAGUGUUGAACAGCAGACACAAAUGGCAUCAAUUAUGCGAAGUACGCUUGGCGAAUACCUCGUUGAUUGGUUUAUAUCAGACAACGAGGUAGAACUUCCCAGUCCUGCCGCACUUAUGAAUAAGAUAUUAAUAAAGGGGAAGAAAAUCCCACCUGGACAUGAAGACUCGGCGACAGAAUCUGAAUCAGCAACAGAGUCCGGAUCUGAUGUCAAUUCGUCUAAAGAAUGCCAGGACCGCUUAAAGGAACUGGGGAAGCUAAAGAAAAAAAAGAAACAGCACAUAGCACCGGCGUUAUCCGACCUCGUUAACUACUGUUCAGCCGUGAAGUUCAAAGGAUUUGAUUAUCAACACAUCGAACCCUUCUAUCACAUGUCUUCCUUUUCGGAAAGAGAGUCUGCUCGACUUAUUAAAUCAGACAGAAAGAACUUUCUUCGACAUAAUGAACGACAUCUUAGUAGAAUAUAUCCGGCCGGAUUUCGAAUAAAUUCGUCAAACUAUGAACCACAUCAUCAUUGGAACGCUGGAAACCAAAUAGUUGCGCUCAACUGGCAGACGUUCGAUCUUGGUAUGCAGAUCAAUCGAGCAAUGUUUAUGGUGAAUGGCGGAUGUGGUUAUAUCCUCAAGCCGGAACGAUUACGAAAAUACGAAUCCCUAACCGCGAACGCGUUGACAACGGCGACAACAUGGAAAUUGACAAUAGAGAUAAUAUCAGGCCAGCAGUUACCAAAACCCAAAGGACAAACAAAAGGAGAAGUAAUCGAUCCCUUUGUUGAAGUCGAGUUGUUAGUUCCUGGUGCAGACAGUGUAAAAUAUAAAACAAAAACCGUUAACAAUAACGGGUUUAAUCCUAUCUGGAAAGAAACAGCCGAUUUUACAGUACAUUACGAUGAGCUUAGUCUUGUAUUUUUACGAUUUUGUGUAUACGACGAAGACCUUGGAACUGAUGAUUUCAUUGGGUCGUAUUGUAUUCCUGUCGCAAGUCUACAAUCAGGACAUCGUAAUGUCCCGUUAAACGACGCGAACGGAGAGCAAUGUCUGUCUACUUCUCUGUAUAUACGUUCAUCUAUAUCUCGAACUUGA